AUGUUUGUCUACAAGCGUGACAACCGCAAAGAGCGAGUGCAGUUCGACAAGAUCACUGCACGCGUUUCCCGCCUGUGCUAUGGCUUGGACGCAGAACACGUCGACGCUGCUGCCAUCACACAGAAGGUUAUUUCUGGUGUCUAUCAAGGCGUCACCACUAUCGAGUUGGACAACUUGGCAGCAGAGACGGCUGCAUACAUGACCGUCACCCACCCUGACUAUGCCAUCCUCGCCGCUCGUAUCGCUGUCUCGAACCUCCACAAACAAACAAAGAAACAAUUCUCAUCGGUCAUCGAUGAUCUCUUCCAUUACGUCAAUCCUAAAAAUGACAAGCCAGCACCCAUGAUUUCGGAGAAAACACACGAGACGGUCAUGAAGCAUGCAGAGGAGCUGAACUCUGCCAUCGUCUACGACCGCGAUUUCAACUACCAAUACUUCGGUUUCAAGACCUUGGAACGCUCAUACUUGCUGCGCCUGAACGGUAAAGUCGCCGAGAGACCUCAGCAGAUGAUCAUGCGUGUUGCUGUCGGCAUCCACGAUGACGAUAUUGAAAAGGUCAUCGAGACCUACAAUCUUAUGUCCCAAAAGUACUUCACACACGCCUCUCCCACGCUCUUCAAUGCUGGAACACCGAAUCCACAGCUUGCAUCAUGUUUCUUGAUCGACAUAAAAGACGACAGUAUCGAGGGCAUCUACGACACAUUGAAGACAUGUGCAUUGAUCUCGAAGACUGCAGGAGGCAUUGGCCUCAACAUCCAUCGUAUUCGUGCAACUGGCUCUUACAUCAGCGGUACCAAUGGCUCCUCGAACGGUAUCGUACCCAUGCUACGCGUGUUCAACAACACCGCUAGAUACGUGGAUCAAGGAGGCAACAAGCGUCCAGGUGCCUUUGCAAUGUACCUUGAACCCUGGCACGCGGACGUCUUCGAGUUUUUGGAUCUCCGAAAGAACCACGGAAAGGAGGAAGUUCGUGCUCGUGAUCUGUUCUUCGCUCUCUGGAUCCCAGACCUGUUCAUGAAACGUGUCGAAGCGAACGGAGAAUGGACCUUGAUGUGUCCCAAUGAAGCACCCGGGCUUGCUGAUAUCUACGGUGAUGAGUUCGAGGCACUCUACGAGAGAUACGAGAGAGAAGGCCGUGGUCGUAAAACAAUCAAAGCUCAGAAGCUGUGGUAUUCCAUUCUCGAGGCUCAGACUGAGACCGGGAAUCCAUUCAUGCUGUACAAGGAUGCGGCCAACCGCAAGAGCAAUCAAAAGAACCUUGGUACCAUCCGCAGCUCGAAUUUAUGUACAGAAAUCAUUGAGUACACGGCACCAGACGAGGUCGCAGUCUGCAACUUGGCUUCGCUUGCUCUACCUACCUUUGUGGAUAUCGCACGUGGCGAAUACGACUUUGGCAAGCUACACGAGGUCACUCAGGUUGUCGUGAAGAAUCUGAACCGAAUUAUCGAGGUCAACCACUACCCCGUACCAGAGGCCAGGAAUAGCAACAUGCGUCACCGACCUAUUGGACUAGGCGUUCAAGGUCUCGCAGAUGCUUUCCUGGCUCUCCGUCUACCAUUCGACUCGGCCGAGGCCAAGCAUUUGAACAAGCAGAUCUUCGAGACCAUCUACCAUGCAGGUUUAACAGCAUCCUGCGAGCUAGCAAAGGAACUUGGCCCUUACUCUUCCUACGAAGGGUCGCCUGUCUCUCAAGGCAUUUUGCAGUAUGACAUGUGGAAUGUCACCCCAACAGACCUGUGGGAUUGGGACGGUCUCAAAGAUCAGAUUGCCAAGCAUGGUGUACGAAACAGUUUGCUCGUAGCACCCAUGCCGACAGCCAGUACCUCUCAAAUCCUCGGAAACAAUGAAUGCUUCGAGCCAUACACCUCGAACAUCUACUCACGCCGUGUGUUGGCUGGUGAGUUCCAGGUCGUUAAUCCAUGGCUUCUCAAGGACUUGGUCGACAUGGGGCUCUGGUCCGACAACAUGAAGAACCGAAUCAUCGCCGACGGUGGUUCCAUCCAGAACAUCCCCAACAUCCCUGCAGAUAUCAAAGCCCUGUACAAGACAGUCUGGGAAAUCUCACAGCGGAAGAUCGUCGAGAUGGCAGCUGAUCGUGGUGCCUUUAUCGAUCAAUCGCAAUCCCUCAACAUUCAUCUCAAAGACCCAACCAUGGGAAAAAUCACGAGCAUGCACUUCGCUGGCUGGAAGCUCGGCCUCAAGACUGGGAUGUACUAUCUUCGCACCAUGGCCGCGUCUGCACCCAUUCAAUUCACGGUCGACCAAGAGCAGCUCAAGGUUGUCGACACCAACGUAGCUCGUACCGGCGCUGUCAAGAAGCGAAUCGGGCCGUCCGCUGGCUACAACUCCAACUCCCACUCCGCUGUGCCACGACCAAUGUAUUUGCGAAAGCCAUCGGAUGGGACUGCUACCAUGUCUCCUAACGGCAUGCCCACUCCCACAGCGACACCACCUCCAGCGUCAGAGAACAAGAAGUUCUCCCCACCGUCCAAGGCAGAGUCUGCGGUGCUCCCUACGUUCAAGGCCGACAUCGAAGAGGGUGACAGCCCCAAGUCGCUGGCUACGGAUCCGGUUGAUAUGCCGACCAAGGAGGAAUUGCCCGAGCAUGCUGUGAACGACGUCAAGCAGGAGGAAGAUACCGAAGGGAGCGAGGAGAGGGAGAAAGAUAUCUAUGCUCAGGAGGUCUUGCAAUGCAGCAUAGAGAACCGCGAAGAAUGCAUAAUGUGCAGCGGAUGA